AUGGUUCGGAAAGACCCUCAAAAGUCAGUCUCCAAAAUUUCCUCCGCCUCUUCGCCUGCGGUAGCCACCGAUGUCAGUUCUCGAAAAUCUUCAGUGUUGAAGUCGGCGUUUGCUCCCUCACAAUUGCAAUUGCACCUCUUCGCCUCCGUCAUCCAAAGUUUCGACGUUCACCAAUUGCGCAUUCAUGAUACGACUACGGGCCGUUUGCGCAGUCAGCAUGAGACUAGAGCAGGGUCAAAGAUCACUUGCCUCGACUGGGGUUACUAUGGUGCUGCGUAUCGGGAACGGCAACAGUCAGCCUCGAAGAAGAAGCGCAAGCGGGACCCGGAGAGCCAUGAUGGCGCAGUCGUCGCCUACGGAACCAAUUCCUCGCAGAUCUGCAUGUUCUCGCCGGCGGAAGGUCGAAUUGUAGGUACUCUGAGCGGAGGUCAUGAACGAGGUGUGAAAGAUUUCAAAUUUUCCCGCACGGAUUAUCUGCACGGCUGGAGCAUAGGUGAAGAUGCAAGGCUGGUACAAUGGAAUCUGACCACAGCCCAGCCCAUGAGGACAAUCAACCUCCCAGACUCUGCUAUCAGUAUCCUCGCUUCACCGGCCCAGAGCGCCCCUCACAUUAUCUGUGCCUCUUCCACUCCAUUUGCAGUCGAUCUCCUGUCGUCCGAUGAUUUUCGGAUAGAUCGCUUCGAUUCCUUCAAAAACCCAGUUCACGCAUUAUGUCGGUCAGGCUCAACCGUUGUAGGAGCUCCUGAAUACUUCCUUGCUGCGGACACGGAGAGAUACAUCAAUGUCUAUGACAUCUCUGAGAAGAAACUGGUGCGCACCUUAGUCGCAGGUAGCGGGGUCACUUCUCUCAACCUUGUGACCCCCUCAGUUGAAACGCCGGAUAUCCUCCGGGAACCAGUUCUUUGCGUGGUGACAAAAGAAGGAACGGUUGAGCUGUUCACCAAUCCUUUCGUGGAGAAUCAGCAAGUCAACGGUGGCUUGAAGUCUAGCAGAAAGAACCUCACAAGGAAAGCCUCGGCCUCGAUUCGAUUGGUCACUCGGGACUUAAAGGUCAAGCAUGUACCAAUCUUUGCAGCAUUCCUCGAAGGACCCGACGUCAUCCUCGUCUCCGCCGACGGCGGCGUGGACCUGGCCUUUCAGAAAGUGAGAUGGCAGGACGAAGGAAACGGAGAAGUCCUAUUUGACGGCAUUAAAGAGGUUCUGAAAACGACGAGUUCAUCUACUCUCAACACGGCUACUCUCAAUGGAGUCAAGGACCUGGGGAAAACAUAUGUCGAUGAGUCGCGGACUGUCGUCGUCAAUGGCGGCGCAGGAGGCGCCCGUCUGGACUCUGCCAUUUCAAUCUCUGACAGCCAGGAAGAGGACGAAACUGACGAUACAGAAGAGGGUGAGUCUGCCGACGAAGCAGCAGCCACGAGGAAGGACGAGGAUGCAGUCGAAGCUGUUGAAGCCUCAGAUGUCGACUCUGACGAAGAAAUGGCAGACGUUGAAAAUGCGGAAGCCGACCCAGAAGAAGCUGAAGAGGGAGAACCCUCCUUUGGUGAACUCUUAGCGUCCAAACACCCUCAUGAGAUAUCUAUCGCAUCAAUCAUUCCUCAGCGCGACACCUCCACCCUCACACUCAAGCCCGGUCAAACGACAAUCACGUCUGGCAUGUCGCUUUCCACGGUACUUACCCAGUCCCUGCGCACAAAUGACACUUCCCUUCUGGAAGCUUGUCUACACACUCUCGACAUGUCCAUCGUCAAAUCCACCAUCCAACGACUUGACUCCACCCUGGCUGGCAUUCUCCUCUCCAAACUCGCCGAACGACUCGCCUCUCGUCCUGGGCGGUAUGGACACCUCAUAACAUGGGUACAAUGGACGUGUAUCUGUCACGGCGGAGCGAUUGCAAGCCAGCCCGAUGUUGCAGCGAAGGUGAGGACGCUGUAUGAGGUGUUGAACGCAAGGAUGAAAACACUGGAUGAUUUGUUACUGCUCAAGGGAAAAUUGGACAUGCUAGAUGCGCAGCUAGCAUAUCGAAAACAGUUGCUGGCCCAGAGACCACAGGGCAGCAGAAAAGGACGAGAUGAACCUGGUAUAAUCUAUAUCGAAGGGGAAGAUAACUGGGAUAGUGAAGAUGAAGAUUUGGAUGAGGAAAUCGCUCGACCGACCAAGAAAUCAAGGACGAAGCAGCAGAGAGAUCUCAAUGAGCUGAUUGGUGAAGAUGAGGAGGAGGAGGAUGACGGCGAAGACUCGAUGCCUCUCGAGAACGGCGCUCAGGACUUGUCAUUUGACAACGAAGAGGACGACGAAGAUGAUGAAGAGGAUGAAGAGGGAGAACCCAGAUUGAACGGCAUGCGCAGUACGCUGGGCCUUGUCGAUGACGAAGCUGAAGUUUCUAGCGCCGAGGAUUCCGACCCGGACGAUGACGGACCGUCUCCAGCAGGGUCCGAAACGCCAUCCGUCGCAUCCUCCGACAGCGAAGGCGACCAGAGUGGUGACGACGACGAAGGCGAGGAAGAGGAGGAAGACUCGGAAAUGGACAGCUUCAUCAACGAUGGAUCCGUCGAUUUCGAGGAGGAGGAGGGCGAUGAAGUGCGUGUGCCUGGUGACUCGAGUGACGGUGAAGAGGGCGGAGACGUAAGGUCAAGACCGACCUGA